AUGGAUCUGCUUAAAGAUCUCAACACCACUUGGGUAGAUUCCAAUUCACCCACAAGGCGCAACUCUAUCGACUUCUCUGCCCCUUCACCGCCGCCACCAGAUCAUGCAAAUGACCCAAAGGCCUUUUUGAAACACCAUGCUGCUAAAUCAACUUUAUCUCAACAACCCCCAGACCCUGAAAAGGGAACCAAUGACUCCAGUACCGACAAUGAUACAACACAACAACCACAACAACAGCAGCCACUGUCCAUUCGACAGAGACUACAUCAUUUCACAUGGGCCUGGUUUACUCUCCCAAUGAGUGCCGGUGGACUAUCACUGCUCAUCCAUGUGCAACCUCAUCAAUUCCCCGGUUUGAGGAUCAUCGGCACAGUGCUGUACAGCAUCAACCUACUCAUCUUUACUCUCUGCUGCAUUGGCAUGAUUCUUCGGUUCUCAUUCAACGCCGGUGACUUGAAACGAUCAGUCACACAUCAUCGUGAAGGCUUCUUCCUUCCUACCUUCUUUCUCGCCAUCGCUUCUUUAAUCACUAGCACUCAGCGCUAUGCCAUUCCCAAAGACAACCCUUCAUACGCUUGGGCAUCACAAGCCAUCUUCUGGGUCUAUAUCGUAGCCACAUUCAUCUUGGCUAUCUGGCAAUACUCUUUCCUCUUUGCAGGACAUAGCUUUAGCUUACAGGCUAUGAUGCCUGGCUGGCUGUUACCCAUCUUUCCUGUCAUGCUGGGUGGAACAGUAGCGACAGUCAUUCUCGACACGCAAACACAUCUCAACCCUUUGCCUAUCAUCUUUGCUGGUCUGACCUGCCAAGGACUCGGAUUCUGCGUGUCAAUGAUGAUGUACGCUCACAUGAUCGGUCGACUUAUGCAAUCCGGUCUUCCAAACCGUGAACAUCGUACUGCCUUGUUCAUGAACGUCGGUCCACCCUCUUUCACAGCCUUGGCUCUCAUUGGUAUGGCCAACGCUUGGCCAAAGACCAUCUCUGGCAUCGAUGACCUCGCUCUCAACGUCGAAACUGUCCGCACCGUAGCACUUCUUUGCGCCGUGUUCCUCUGGGCAUUGAGUCUGUGGUGGUUCUGUAUCGCCGCUGUCGCAGUCAUUUCAUCUCCACCCGAGGCCUUUCAUUUAGGUUGGUGGCCCAUGGUCUUUCCCAACACUGGAUUCACGCUUGCUACCAUUUCUAUCGGGAAUGAGUUCAAGUCUGAGGGUCUUCUUUGGACUGGGAGUGCCAUGACCAUUCUCCUUGUUAUCACAUUUCUUAUUGUCAUUUCAUUUAACAUUAGAGCUGUAUUUGUACGAGAUAUCAUGCAUCCUGGGAAGGACGAGGAUGCUGAUGACCACUAA